ACUGGUUGCCACCAGUCUAGACAUUAUAGAAAGAGAGAGAGGGAGAUCCAUGGUUUGAGGUUCAUGCUCCACCCCUGGUGUUCCAGUUUUCCAGGUCUUUGUCCCCGGAACUUGCUCUCACUCCUGGGUGUCCACAAGGGUUUUUUCUGCUCGCAUCUGGAUCCCAGUACGACUAGCAUACAGUCCAGUAUCCUGUCUCACAGAACCCCCGGCCUCCUCCUCAAGUUUGGGAAAGAAAGCAAGAACAGAAAGAGAGGAAAAAAAAAAGAAGAAAACACCUUCCCGACAACUUUGUACCGUCUGCUCUCCUCCACUGGUUUAUACUUUCGUCGAAGUUGUGAAGCAGUAGCGUCAGUCUGAGAUUUUUUUUUCUUUUGCCUGCAGUUAAAAAAAAAGUUUCUACGUGUUUUAAAAGCGGUUUUGUGUCGCUUCUUCGUGUUUUUCAUUCCAGUUGAGUCUGGAGAUCGAUAUUUAUUGCACAUAAACGGACGCCGUUUGAGCAGCGUUUAAGGCUGUUUUCGGUGGUUUUUUUGCCUCUCAGAGGUGUUUCAGACUUGGCCUUAUGUGCUGUGAAUGAAGUAUCUGUUGGGCUGAAGAAAUCAGCGCGUCUCCAUGAGGAAACUCGGCGUGGAAGUCUGAAACUUUGUCCUAGCUUACACACACCGGAGCGAUUUUUAGAUAGAUAUAUAUUUGGUUGACUCUUUUUUUUUUGUACUGGUAACUUUGCCGUUUCUUGUGUUUUUUUUUUUUCACUGACACAAAAUGAAGACGCUGUUGGUGCUGUGUGUGGUUUGCACGCUGGUUGUGUUGUCUGUGUCGGGGACUGCGGAGCAAAAGUUGAAAAACUGCAACGAUGUUCGUGUUGCCUACAGCUCCAAAGGCUUCAACGUGAAUGAUGUUCCUAACAAAGGAGUCAACGGAGCCCCCUUGAAAGUGUGUCCGCAGGGUUUCUCCUGCUGCACUGUGGAGAUGGAGGAGAAGCUGAGCCAGCAGAGCCACACGGAGAUCAAAGCUCCCGUCUCCAGGCUUAGCACCAACCUACAAUCCACCUUCAAACAGAGGCACGACCACUUUGACAAGUUUUUCCGUGAGCUUUUGAAAAAUGCAGAGGUCUCACUGCACAACAUGUUCGUGCGAACAUACGGGAUGAUGUAUGUGCAGAACGCAGAAUUGUUUAAGAACUUUUUCGAGGCCCUGACUCGUUACUACGUGUCGGGCAGCUCUGCCAUCAACCUGGACUCUAUGCUGUCAGACUUCUGGGCUGACCUCCUGGAGAGGAUGUUCCGACUGGUCAAUGUGCAGUACGAAUUCAGCGACGCCUACAUGGAGUGCGUCAGCCAGCACACGGAGCAGCUGCAGCCCUUCGGCGAUGUGCCUCGCAAGCUCCGCAUCCAACUGACACGAGCAUUCGUGGCUGCGCGCACCUUUGUGCGUGGCCUGGCGCUAAUGCCAGAGGUAGUCAACAAAGUUUCCACGGUCAGUGCUUCUCCCAGCUGUGUGCGAGCAGCCAUGAAGAUGUUGUACUGUCCCUACUGCUCGGGCCAAGUGGCCCUGAAACCCUGCCAGAAUUACUGUCUGAAUGUGCUGCGCGGGUGUUUGGCCAACCAGGCCGACUUGGACACAGAAUGGAACAACUUCCUCGAUGCCAUGCUUAGUCUGGCUGAGAGGCUUGAAGGUCCCUUUAAUUUUGAGUCUAUCAUGGAUCCCAUUGACGUGAAAAUUUCGGAGGCCAUCAUGAACAUGCAGGAGAACAGCAUGCAAGUGUCACAGAAAGUUUUCCAAGGAUGCGGUCAGCCAAAACCAAACAUGGCCUUCCGGUCCAAACGUUCCAUCAAAGAAACAGGCUUUACUGGUCGCUUCCGUCCUUACAGUCCUGAUGCAAGGCCCACCACUGCUGCCGGAACCAGUUUAGAUCGACUGACAAGUGAUGUGAAGAAGAAACUGAAACAUGCAAAAAAGUUCUGGUCCACGUUGCCAGAGACCGUGUGUGCAGGUGAGAGGAUUGCACCUGGUGACGAGUGCUGGAAUGGAACAGCAAAAAGCAGGUAUGAGUCAGUUGUCAUUGGAAAUGGACUGGCCAAUCAGGUGUCAAACCCUGACGUGGAUGUGGACAUAACAAAGCCAGACAUUGUGAUUCGCAGUCAGAUUGCAGCUUUGAAGGAAAUGACGAGCUGGCUCAAAGCUGCGCACAGCGGCAAUGACAUCUCUUUUGAUAACGGGGAUGAUGGCAGUGGAGGAGAGGAGAGUGGCAGUGGUUGUGACUCUCCAUCUUGCAGCACAGACCGAGACAUCUACUUCUCCACUCCACCAAACCCUGGGAAUCCCCGAGUUAAUCAAGUGGUGGUGGGCAGAGGUCCAUCAGCUACUGUUGCCUCACAGGGAAGCAUGGCGCUGGCGCUCUGUGGGCUGGCCCUGGCCCUGCUUGCUCCCCACUUGAGAUAACUGGGCUGGGCAGAGAGAGCAAGAUAACGACUAGGAAUGACGGAGCGAAGGGGAAAACUGUCAGAGAGACUUUUAAAAGACUGCCUUCAGGACCUUGGACUGUCCACCAUUGGGGGGGAGGGAGACUCUUCUUUAAUAUUACAAUAACUUCACUUUUAAUUAUUUGUUUUUAUGUUUUUAAGGACAUCAGUGUACAGCAACAUGAUUUUCACAUCCCCCCCCCCCCUUUUUCCUCCAGAUAAACCUUUUACUCCUUAUGGCUCUUUUGGAGCUACACUAUGGUUCUGCUUGUAGCAUUACAAACAUUAUAUAAUUUAAUCUCAUAAUUCAUUUUUGUGCCUUCUUCAGUGAUUGCCAUCUGAUUACUAAAUAGCAAGUGAGAGGUUAGGUUGAACAUUGAGUGCCUGUGGUGGGACAUAUCUUCAUAUUUCUGAGGAUGAUCUUUCUUCACAUUAUUCAGAGAUCAGCAAACCAUGUAAUGAUGUUAUAAAUGUGAACAAUUUGUAACAGUCUUUUUUUCUUUUUGCACAUUAUGAAUGUGCAUACUGUGAACGUUUAUGCCUGUGCAUUUACACAUUUACAUACAUCAGCCAGUCGGACAUUGUGAACCUAGCUGUGGAGCUCAACUAGGGAAGAGUUUGAGCUUUUGUUCACGUUGCUUCAUGUUGAAAGUCUUCCUAGCUCAGCUCUGAGAAAUACAGUGAGAGAAGUUACAGCACAGGUAUUAAUGUUUCACCUGCAGAUGGGAAUCAUUCUUUAAAAGAGUUUUUUGGAGCGCCUCCGUGAGCCCAAACAUGCAUAUUGUAUGUCUGCUAUGAACAUUAUCACAGCCUAACUUUUUAAUUUCUCCAUUGAUUUUUAAUUUAAGUUCCUCAGCUUAAGCAGUUCAAGAGUAAGUUCAUACCUCAUGCAUGCUCUCAUUGUCAAUGCAAUUUAGUUAAGUUGAGUUGAAAGUGUUCGAUAGAGUUGAGAUAUGUGGCUGGCAUCCUGGUGAAAGGUAACUGGUGUGGAAGAGGAAGGACUCCCCUGGCAUUACCCCUAAAGAAGGCAAAGCUGACAAGUCCUGAAUGCCCUUUUUGGUACUGUAAGCUCAGUCCAGCUGAGAGGAUCUGACUCUAUACAGUCUUACUUUGAAAAGAAAAGGUGGCAACAUGUAUGUUUGGAGCGAUUCACAUUAAACUAGAGAGGAGGAACAAAAGACAGUGCUUUGAUCAAAUGAAAUCAAGGAAAGAUUAUUUUAAUACAGGGUUUUAUGUUGAAGAGGUGCUGUAACUUCUAGCUAUUUUUGGUAUGAAGAUAUAUAUUAGGUACUACAGUGGAUUUUACUGCUAGUUUUAGGUGGUGGAAGAGGACAAUGUGCACAAACAUUUGGGGCACUUUUUGGUCAGUGUGCACAAUUUUUUGGGGGCUCCUUUUUUUUUUUUUUUUUUUUUUUUUUUUAAAACCAUAUACCCCGUCCCACAAUUCACACUUGUACCUCUUAAAUGGCCUGUGUAAGCAUAAAUGGACUCAUACUGAACCAUUUAAUCUGCCUAUGCUCGUCCCAGUGUUCUCAUCAUGUCAGCUUGAGGUGGAAUGUUGGCGUAUUGUCACAAGUGCUACCAAAAUGAAUGCAGCAUAUGGUGCCUGAUCUUUUGUUUUAACCUUGGUACAAUUUUAGCAACUUCUUGAGGUAAAAAAAAACAAAAAACAGAAGAAUGUAGGUGUUGAUGAUUUGUGUCUAUUAUCUGCUCAGAUUCCGUUAAGGGUCUUUCAGUAUAUUGUUAGCAAAUGACAAGCACAACACAUGAUUUUCUGUAUCAUCUAAUUUCAUAAUCGGUUCUGUAAGUUGCAUUGCCUGGUCAUUUUGUUUCUAAAAUGAUUCUGCCUUUUGUAGCUUUUGUACAGUAACUUAUGCAUGUAUUUUAAUGUCACUGCAAACAUGCCUCUAGAACUGACAAAUUAUCCAAAGCACAGUAUUCAGAACGUGUUGAUAAGCAAAAUUUAGGUGAAAUAAUACAUUUCUCAAAGUAAGUUAUUGAAUUGAUUGGAUUUGGGCUGGUUUCACUAUGCAUUAUAUAAAAGUCCAACAUCUGUCCAACAGUUGGCUUCAGUUGAAACAGUUUUUAAAUACUGGACACCUCAUGUUUGGCUCCUAAAAUGACAGGUUGACUGUGGGGUUACCUAACAUUGGCUUCUAAAAAUGUGAUCUUGGAGCAAAGAACAAGGACAGCAAUGUUAAAAAUCUGGCUUUGAAGGAUUGGAUGAAACAUCUUAACAACCCUCAUAACAUAUUGAAGCCUUAAUUUAAAAAGAUGUUGCUGUUCUUCAGUGCCUUGAUUUGGCAUUGCUGCUGCAUGUGACCAGUUCAAUUCUCCUGAGUUUUGUGUUCUGCCAACAUUUCUACAAGGGCUUGUGCAUGUGUUUGUGUCAUGAGGAAGAGUUGUGUCCAUUGUGAAGAAAACCCAACUUUCUGAGAGUCAAAGGAAAUGUUUUGGGUGAUGAUGGUAAAUGUCUGCGCUUGCGGGCCAGGGCAGCAACAUUUUCUGGCUGGCAGGAGUUGAUCCAGCAGCCGAAUAUUGUUCAUUCAAUCCGCAAAGCAACUUCAGUCCAGUGACUUGAAAGUUGAAUUGAGCAGGUGUUGAAAGCCUUCCAUCAGCCUUUGGCCCACAAGAGAAGAAGGGACUCAUUUUCUGAGGAGAGACUGAGUGACUGACUGAAAAGAUUAAAAAGUAUGUAAAUAAAGAGCAGCCGUUUUAGAUGUCUCUAAAAGAGGCCGUAACAGUACACCAGAUUUUUACUUGUCAGAGUAUCUCCUAAAUGUUAUGAAAAAAUCCGAUGAGAUAGAUGUUAAAUUGUAAGAGGAAAAUGUAUAUUAAACAACAUUUCUUAGUCUUGUUGCAAUAAAGACUGUCAAUAUUUAAA